AUGUCGCUUUUCGGAGAGUCACCACCCUCAACGCCAGCGGCACCUCAGAACAAGUCGUCGCUGUUUGACGACGAUGAGCAGCCGGCAGCUCGCAGCACCUCGGCCAACUCGGGCUUGUUCGCCGAGGCCAACGAUGCAGACGACGGCCAAUCGCCCUGGGACUUUCCUGCUCCCAAGAAGCACAACAGCACGCGCCAACGAGGAGACUUGAUCAAGACGUUGCUGCCAGCCGGCGACGUGCCCGAACGUUAUGUCGAUAUUUUCGAUGCCCUUCUGUCGCAUAGCAGUGGACAAGGCGGAGUCACCGUUCGCCAGAUCAAGAGCUUGUUGUCGGAGAGCAGUAUUGGACAACCCGAGCAGUCCAAGAUCCUUGAGCUCAUCGGCGCCUCCGAGGCUGACGACUCUCGUGUCUUGGGUCGCGGCGAGGUCAACGUUGUGUUGGCCCUGAUUGGUCUGGCACAAGAGGGAGAAGAGCUGGGUUUGGAUGCUGUCGAUGAGCGUAGAAGACAAUUGCCAGUACCCAACCUGCCUUCCCUGACUGCUCCUCCCAAGCAAGAGCAGAAGCCUCCUCGUACACCCACCGGUCCUCCUCCUCAAGCAGACUCCGGCGCUACCCAAUCCCAGAACCUUGAAACACCUGGCUACGGCUUUGGCGAUGACCCCUGGGGAAGCCCCUCGCUGCACAAGAACCACCACCACGAAGAAACUGCUGCUGCACCUGCCUCGUACGCCCAAGCUGCCUCUUCGACCUACCCAAACGGAGGCGUCAACGGUCGCGCAGACCCCCCUCAUGUUAGAACCACCAGCAACUUCACCACCACUUCCGUUGCCGAUAAAUCCGAUUCCGCGACUCCAGAUCCUUCCUCGUUCGAGCAGUCGCGACCAACAACAGCUGAAAGUGGCUGGGGCGGCUACUCGGCGUCCAACGAUGGCUUCAAUACUGCACCUGGCAACGAAGGCUUUGGUGAGCCAACGAGCGGAAACAACGAGAUCUCCGGCAGUGUGAGAAGACCACUCGGCGCGUCCAGGCCUAGUGGCGCGACUGGCCCUGAAGAGCUCAUCACGGUCAACGUGCUUGAAGAGAAGGAAGGCAUGUUUUUGUUCCAACAUCGCAACUACGAGGUCUCUAGCAUCAGGAGAAACAGUCGUGUCAUUCGUCGCUAUAGUGAUUUUGUUUGGUUGCUGGACUGCUUGCAUAAGAAAUUUCCCUUCAGACAGCUGCCUCUUCUUCCUCCUAAGCGUGUCGCGAUCAAUGGUAAGCAUAUUGCUGCUGACACUCUGUUUAUCGAGAAGCGAAGGAGAGGUCUCGCACGCUUUGCGAACGCACUUGUGCGACACCCUGCUCUCAGUCAAGACCAGCUUGUCAUCAUGUUCUUGACAGUUCCUACGGAACUCGCUGUAUGGCGGAAGCAAGCCUCUAUUUCCGUGCAAGAAGAAUUUACUGGAAAGCCCCUACCUCCAGGUCUUGAAGACUCGCUCCCCCAGAACCUCUCUGACCUCUUCGACACUGUCCGAAAUGGUGUACGCCGGUCGACUGAAGUUUAUAUCAAUAUGUGUGGCAUGGUCGAGAGACUGAUCAAGCGGAACGAGGGGCUCGCAAGCGAAUAUGUUCGCCUCUCAAUGGCUCUCGGAAGCCUUACUGAAUGCUCUGCCGACACCUAUGCCAUGGACACCAACGAAGUCGAGCUUCUGAACGGCGGUCUCAAUGGUACAGCCAAGCAUCUUUCAACCAAUCAGACUCUUCUCGAAGAUGAAGCCAGAGCAUGGGAUUUGGGCGUUUUGGAGGACCUCAAGCGCCAGCGUGAUGCUCUGGUAAGCAUGAGGGACAUGUUCGACCGUCGUGAUCGUUAUGCACGCGACAACAUCCCCCAGUUGGAACGUCGCAUCGCAACCAACGAGAGCAAGUUGUCUGGUAUUCGCUCAAGGCACGAGUCACAGAUCAAGCCUGGCGAAGCCGAAAAGGUCGAAAGUGCCAUUGUCAAGGACAAGCAAUCAAUAGUUGACCAGCAUGCUCGUGGUGUAUUCAUCAAGGAGUGUGUCAGGGAUGAGAUUCAGCACUUCCAGUCCUCUCAGUACCAUGUCAGCAGAAUGCACCAGGAAUGGGGUCAAGAGCGUGUAAAGUAUGCUGAGUUGAGUGCUGAGAACUGGAGAUCGUUGAGCGAGGAGCUUGAGGCCAUGCCUCUUGGUGAUUGA